CGUAAACGCAGUGCCCUUGGCACCUUUCUGCACAUCUACUUGCCACUGCCACUGCUGCUGCCAGAUCCUCCCGGCCAUCAAGUGACCCUCUACCACAGCUCCACUUCCCUCUCCUCACCGAACACUGCGUCUCGACGCGCCCACUUCCACUUCCACUUCCGCUCCCGCACCGCCCGGCGCAUGCGGACGCACGCACGCCAGUUCCGAGACGACACGGUGGGGGCGCGAACAGCAUGGCGAUAGGCGCUGCGAUGGCGUGGCUGACGCUCGUGUCGCCUGCGCUGCUGGCGUGCCCGGCAGUCGCAGCAGCAGCAGCGAGCGAGUCGCCGUGGACGUCGAGACACGAAGCGGGACGAUGUGCCAUUCGGGGGCAGUGUGGCAAACAGAGUCUGUUUGGGAAAGAACUGCCCUGUCCGGACAACGGGCUUGCAGAAGACCCAACGGACGAGGUGCGCGCAAAGCUCGUCUCGAUAUGUGGGGACGAGUGGUCUGAUGGCAAAGUCUGCUGUCAGGAUGAUCAGUUGGACGUACUCAAGAGCAAUCUCGAUACGGCCAAUAGCAUCAUCUCCUCGUGUGGCGCUUGCAAGAAGAACUUCUUCGACCUGUUCUGCACCUUCACAUGCUCUCCGGACCAGUCACUUUUCGUCAAUGUCACCAGUAUUGUUCCUAAGGGCGACAAGUUCCUCGUCACCGAAUUGGAUCACCUUGUUGCUGAGGAUUACGGGACAGGCUUCUAUGAUAGCUGCAGCGAUGUCAAGUUUGGAGCCACGGGCGGAAGAGCCAUGGACUUCAUUGGAGGGGGCGCGAAGAACUACACGCAGAUGCUCAAGUUCUUGGGCGACAAGAAGCCAUUUGUAGGAAGUCCUUUCCAGAUCAAUUUCCCACCACCAAGCGAGAAUUUUCCGGGAAUGCAGCCCAUUCUCCAUGAAUCUACGCCCUGCAAUACCACGGAUGAGAGAUAUCGCUGCGCCUGCGUCGAUUGCGCAGGCGCUUGUCCUGCUCUACCUCAGGUUCACCAAACAGAGCUAUGCCACGUCGGUCUGCUGCCUUGUUUGAGCUUCGCAGUCGUUCUCAUUUACUCUAUAUUUGUUGCACUGCUGGUUCUCGCCGUUUCUGGACAUGCCGCGGCGGCAAAAAGACGAAGGAGUAAGAACGAGCGACUUCAGUUAUUGCAGGAUGCAUCUCCCAGCGACGACGAGGAUGAAGGCGACAUGGUUCAUGGCGUGGGCAUGCUCGAUCGACCGACCAAGCAGUACGUCGUGAACACUUUCUGCGAUCGCAUCUUCAGCAACCUGGGUCGUACGUGCGCCAAGUUUCCCGCCAUUACCAUAUCGACCUGUGUGAUCGUUGUGGCAUUAUUGUGCAUAGGUUGGGUACGCUUCGACAUUGAGACAGAUCCAGUCAACUUAUGGGUAUCGCCAAACUCUGACGCUGCCGCUGAGAAACGCUUCUUCGACGAGAACUUUGGCCCUUUCUUCCGUGCAGAGCAAGCGUUCCUCGUGAAUGAUACCCAUCAGGCAGGCCCAGGGCCGGUAUUGAGCUACGAAACUUUGAAGUGGUGGGAAGAUGUGGAAAAGAGAAUUGGCAGCCAAGAGAGUCUUGAUGGCAAGUACACGUUGAACGACGUGUGUUACAAGCCCACAGGAGACGCCUGCGUCAUUCAGUCCGUGACUGGAUGGUUCUCUAGCACAGGCAUCGAUCAAGAGGAUUGGGCAGCACAAAUCUCCAAAUGUGCAGCCUCCCCUGGCGAUGUCGACUGUCUACCAGCAUUCCAGCUCCCACUGCCUGCAGACCGUCUCUUGGGAGGAUACAAUCGCACGUCUGACCGAGCUACAAGUGCAUCUGCACUGGUCACCACCUGGGUUGUGCAGAAUUACAAUGCGGGUGAGCCUGGCCUGGCCAAGGCCGAGAAGUGGGAGAGGAGCACGAAUAUCUUGUUCCAAACCAUCCAAGAUGAGGCCCGCGAACGUGGACUGCGAUUGAGCUUCAACACCGAGAUCUCACUGGAGCAAGAGCUCAACAAGAACACGAAUACCGAUGCCAAGAUUGUGAUCAUCAGCUAUAUUGUCAUGUUCAUUUAUGCAUCGCUUGCAUUGGGCAGUACCACGGUGACUCUCGGUACGAUUUUACGAAAUCCUGUUGGUGCUCUUGUGCAAAGCAAGUUCAUGCUUGGCAUCGUAGGCAUUGCCAUUGUAUUGAUGUCCGUUGCGGCAUCCGUGGGCCUUUUCGCUGCAGCUGGAGUCAAGGCUACGCUCAUUAUUGCUGAGGUCAUUCCGUUUUUGGUCUUGGCUGUUGGCGUGGACAACAUUUUCUUGAUCGUACAUGAGUUCGAGCGCGUCAACAUCAGCCACGCUGAUGAGCCCGUCUCCGAGCGAGUUGCUCGAGCUUUGGGGCGGAUGGGCCCAUCAAUUCUGCUGUCCGCCUUGACUGAGACUGUCGCGUUCGCCCUAGGCGCGGCUGUUGGCAUGCCGGCUGUGAGGAACUUUGCGGCAUAUGCCGCUGGUGCCGUGUUCAUCAAUGCCAUCCUGCAGGUUACGAUGUUCAUUUCCGUAUUGGCACUCAAUCAGCAGCGGGUAGAGGAUGGCCGCUUAGAUUGCAUACCAUGCGUUAAGAUUCAGGAGUCUCACCUGCAUCACAUGCCGGGCGGCUUUGGUGGUGCUCCAUUCAAUGGAGCUGAUGAAGAAGGCUGGCUUUCCACCUUCAUUCGAAAGCAUUAUGCACCCACACUGCUUGGAAACAAGACCAGAGUGGCAAUUAUCACCGUCUUCCUCGGAUUCUUCGCCGCAGGCGUUGCAUUACUACCAGAAGUCCCACUGGGUCUCGAUCAGCGUAUUGCGAUACCGUCAGACAGCUACCUGAUCGACUACUUCAAUGAUCUCGACGCCUACUUCGAGCAAGGAGCUCCAGUAUAUUUCGUGGUCAAGAAUUUGAAUGUCACCGCACGGUCGCAUCAGCAGGAGCUAUGCGCGAGAUACACCACUUGCAACGAAUAUUCCCUGGCCAACGUUCUGGAACAAGAGCGCAAACGGCCCGAAGUGAGCUACAUCGCGGAUGCCACGGCCAGCUGGAUUGACGACUUCAUUCAGUGGCUCAACCCUGAUUCCGGCGAGUGUUGCAUUGACGGCUCCAAGGCUUGUUUUGCAGAUCGGCAGCCGCCUUGGAACAACGCCCUUCGCGGUAUGCCAGAAGGUCGUGAAUUUGUGCAAUACGCACAACGAUGGCUCAAUAGCCCUACCGGGCAGGAAUGUCCAUAUGCGGGGCAGGCACCAUAUGGCGAUGCCGUUGUCAUUGACGACGAGAAAUUGACUGUACCAGCCAGCCACUUCCGGACGGCCCAUACUCCACUACAUAGCCAGGACGACUUCAUCAAUGCUUACGCUUCUGCUCGUCGAAUCGCAAAGGACAUCAGCCAACGUAACGAUAUUGAAGUGUUCCCGUACAGCAAAUUCUACAUUUUCUUCGAUCAGUACGCUACCAUCGUGCAGCUAUCAACUGCGCUGGUCGGCACUGCCCUCGCAUUCAUCCUGGUCAUCACAACAGUCCUGCUGGGCUCAGUCCUGACGGCACUCGUGGUUACCAUUACUGUCAUUAUGAUCGUGGUGGAUAUUGUGGGAACGAUGGCACUAGCAGGCGUGUCUCUCAAUGCAGUCAGCCUGGUCAAUAUCAUCAUCUGUGUCGGCAUUGGUGUUGAGUUCUGCGCUCACAUUGCUCGCGCUUUUACCAUACCGUCAGCAUCGAUAUUGGAACGUGCACAGAGCAGGUUUCGUGGCAAAGACGCACGUGCGUGGGCGGCGCUCGUGAAUGUUGGCGGCAGCGUUUUCAGUGGUAUCACCGUUACCAAGCUUCUGGGCGUGUUUGUGCUAGCAUUCACGCGCAGCAAGAUCUUCGAGAUAUACUAUUUCCGGGUCUGGUUGGCGCUGGUCGUGUGGGCUGCGUUACACGCGCUUAUAUUCCUUCCGGUGGCACUGAGCCUGUUCGGGGGCAAAGGUUACAUCGAUCCCGACGAUUCCGGCGGGCUCGAGCAGGACCUCGCUAGCCGGAGGUAUCGGGCUCUAUUGCCGGAUGAAGAAUACGACAGCGAUGAGUUCUGAUGUCCGCGUGGGGACGAACGUCGCAGCUGGAGCUUCCGAGGGGGAGUCGUUAUGCCAGAUAUGAAGUACCUCCUAGUUAGAAUCGUACCUGAUAGCAUCAAUCUCACUUGCACGCGUUCAUGUUGUGCACGCUCACUGUGUGUC